CCCUCCGUAGCGAGCCGCACACCAAAUUGCAAGCAAAGCGGCUUGUUGCGUCACCGGAUCGCAAGUCGGACGCGGACAGCACUGGCAUGACUCUCUCUUGUCUGUUCUUGAUGGAUGUUAAGGGUAAAGUGAUCAUCAGUCGGAACUACCGUGGAGAUGUGCCUAUGUCAACAUCUGAAAGGACGAAAUGGAUUAACGGCCGAUUUUCACCGAUGAUGGCACAACAACCUUUUCUUGAUGUGUCUUUAGUGUUGAUGACUUUGUAUCGAUUGGUGAAUGUCUUCAAGGAUUAUUUUGGUGAGUUAGAUGAAGAAAGCAUUCGUGAUAACUUUGUCAUCAUAUAUGAGUUGAUGGAUGAGACCAUGGAUUUUGGCUACCCGCAGUCUUUGGAUUCCAAAAUUUUACGCGAGUUCAUCACACAAGAAAGUAAUCGGCACGAAAUUGCACCGCGGCCCCCGGUUGCUGUAACAAAUGCGGUCUCUUGGCGUAGUGAGGGCAUCAAGCAUCGCAAGAACGAGAUUUUCCUGGAUGUCAUCGAAAAGCUCAAUCUCUUAGUCUCUAGUAAUGGAACAGUGCUUAGCUCAGAGAUUGUUGGCGCAAUUAAGAUGAAAUCUUUUCUCAGUGGCAUGCCAGAAUUAAAGCUCGGCCUUAAUGAUAAACUCAUGUUCGAAGCAACUGGUAGAUCGAUGACUCGCGGCAAAGCGGUCGAGUUAGAGGAUAUCAAGUUUCACCAGUGUGUCCGACUUGCUCGCUUUGAAAACGACCGCACAAUUUCAUUCAUUCCACCAGACGGUGAAUUUGAUCUAAUGACAUACAGGCUUACCACUCAAGUGAAGCCGCUCAUCUGGGUUGAAGCUGUUGUCGAGCCUCAUUCACAUAGUCGGAUAGAGUAUAUGGUGAAAGCCAAAAGUCAGUUCAAGAGUCGCUCUGUGGCCAAUGGAGUGGAUAUUGUUAUCCCAGUACCGCAUGAUGUUGAUUCUCCUUCUUUUAAAUCAAGCAUUGGCUCGGUAACAUAUCUUCCGGACCGAAAUGCCAUUGUAUGGAGCAUCAAACAAUUUAACGGGUCCAGGGAAUAUCUCAUGCGUGCACAUUUCGGUCUGCCAUCUGUUUCAAGUGAAGACCCAGAGCAUUGGAAAGCCCCCAUUGAAAUCAAAUUCGAGAUCCCUUAUUUUACUGUUUCUGGCAUUCAAGUUCGUUAUUUGAAAAUUAUUGAGAAGAGCGGAUACCAAGCAUUACCGUGGGUCAGAUACAUUACACAAAAUGGUGAUUAUCAACUGCGCAUGUUUUGAGAAAUACGCCCCCCCCCCCCCC